GAUCCUCGCUAUCAUACGCCCCACCGUCACGCUAUAUAUUCCUCCCCGUACAUAUCCUACUGGCCAUCCCGCUAAUCGUCCUCAAUGUGGACCGUUCCACGACCGCCGAACGACGACUCGUACCGCCUCAGCUCCCUACCCAUCGUCUCCCUCGACCCGUACAUCCACCCCGAGGGGCACAACGGCAAGGGCAGGCUCUCCACCGCCGCCGCCCUGCACGCCGCCUGCGUCGAGUACGGCUUCUUCUACCUCGAUGUCUCCACGUUCAUCCACCCCGACGAGCCCAACGAGCUCAUGCGCCUCGCGCGCGACUUUUUCGCACUCCCGCAGGAGGAGAAAGACAACAUCGGCUUGGCGAAGGAGGACGGCGCGAGAGGCUACCAGCGUAUAGGAGAGAAUGUCACCAACGGCAAGGCCGAUAACCACGAAGCGAUCGACUUUUACCGCCCCGUGGGGAACCCCGACAAGUCGAGACCUCUCUGGGGGAAUAAUCAGUGGCCAGACAUACCAGGAUUCAGGGAAAAGUACGAGAAAUGGGUGGAGAAGAUGAAAGAGCUAGGCUUGAUAGUCAUGGAGGCAAUGGCUACAGGGCUGGGCAUGUCACCCGAAGAAUGGAAAGACCUCAAAUCCAAAGUCGAUGACUCGUUCUGGGUAUUGCGUGUCAUCGGCUACCCUCCUCUCCAAUCAGACGACGACAGCCUCUCCUGCGGCUCACAUAAAGACUACGGCUGUCUAACCUUCCUCUACCAAGACGACACGAAAGACGCGCUGCAAGUCUACCUCUCCCGCCCGGGCACCGUCGUGCGCACGAACAUCGGCCUCCCCGCGGAGGAGAUCGUCGAGGAGGGCGGCGUGUGGAUCAGCGCGGACCCCGUGCCCGGCUGUCUGCUCGUCAACGUCGGAGAAAUGUGGGAGCGCUGGACGAACGGGCUAUACACGAGCACGCUGCAUAGAGUGAUCCACCGAGGGUCGAACUACCGCGUAUCCAUCCCCUUCUUCUUCGAGCCCAACUUCGACGCCCGCGUAGAGCCGCUCCCCGCGGCCAUCCGCAUGCAGGAGGGCAUCGCGUGCUCGAACCCGUACCUCCACGGCGCGAAGCACAGGGACGUCGGCGCGGACGGCAUGGUGCCCGUGCGCUACGAGCCCGUCGUGUACGGCCAGUUCUUGCUCGCGAAGGUGCAGAACAACUUUGCCAAGUACGAGUGAGUGGCAGUGCGCGAGUAGAGAAGAGGUAAGAGGUGGAGGAAGAGGUCCGGUGCGACUGGGUUAUGAACAUUGAAUACUAGGAGCUUGUACAAGUAUCAAAGGAGAUUAUUGGCUGUAAUUUAGAUUGUUGUACCCAUC